AUGGCAGACGGGUCGGACUCGCACCUCGCUCGUCAGUCGUUGACGGUUCUGUUGGGUUCUGGAGUUCAGUCCUCCCUUGGGAAUUCAAGCCCAGGAGGCUCAGGGGGUUCCGUCGACCGUGACUUUGAUCCAUCGGCGGACAUGCUCGUCCACGAUUUUGAUGACGAACGCACAAUGGAAGAGGAGGAAAUGCUGGAAGCAACCGAUGAAGCCAACGCUAAUGAGAUUGAAGAUCUUGCACGUGAAGGAGAAAUGCCCAUCCACGAACUCCUGAGUCUUUAUGGUUAUGGCGGCGCGUCGCCUGCAGACGAGGACGAUGAGGAGGACGAAGAAGAGGACGAAGAAGAGGACGAGGAUGACGAGAUGGACAAUGACGAAAGCAGCAGAGGCACUGGCGAGCUCAAAAGAAAUGAUGAAGAAGUCGUAAAGAACUCUGCGACGCAGGAGGACGAGGCCCCGCAGACCGCCGAUGGCCAUGCGCGUUCUGUACGAGUUCUCGGCACGUCGGAACUUAUUCGGCCGCAGAAACACAAGUACUUUGAAAGUAAUAACGAUGCAGAGGAAGAGUCAGAGGAAGAUGAGGAUUAUGUUCCAUCUGAAGACUGGAAAAAGGAAAUCAUGGUGGGGUCUAUGUACCAAGCAGAAACGCCCACUGGCCUGUGUAAAUAUAAAGAUAAUGAAAAAGUUUAUGAAAAUGACGACCAACUGUUAUGGAACCCCGAGUGUCUACCUGAAAACAAAGUAGUGGCAUUCUUGAUAGAGGCAUCAAGACGUACAGGAGAGGAGAAGGGAGUCGACGCCAUCCCUGAAGGUUCCCACAUCAAGGACAAUGAGCAGGCAUUAUAUGAACUCGUGAAAUGUGACUUUGACACAGAAGAAGCUUUAAGAAGACUUAGGUUUAAUGUAAAAGCAGCCAGAGAGGAGCUUUCAGUCUGGACUGAAGAGGAAUGUAGAAAUUUUGAACAAGGACUAAAAUCCUAUGGAAAAGACUUUCAUUUAAUACAGGCCAACAAGGUGAGAACUAGGUCUGUAGGAGAAUGUGUGGCCUUUUAUUACAUGUGGAAGAAGUCUGAGCGUUAUGAUUUCUUUGCACAGCAAACCAGACUUGGAAAAAGGAAAUACAACCUUCACCCUGGUGUCACAGACUACAUGGACAGGUUACUAGACGAAACGGAGAGCGUUGCCUCCAGCAGGGCGGCGUCGCCCCCUCCCACCACGUCCAGCAGCAGUGCCAGCCACUCGGAGAGGGAAGAUAGCAGCGGUCACAAUGGUAUCGCAGGCCACAUUCCCAGUCAUCUAGGAGAUGGCGCCCAUAGUGUCCAAGAGAACCAAGUAAAACGGGAGCCCGUUCAGUCGAACGGACCGUCAGGCGACGGUCCCCUUCACCCUUCGGGCAACAACUCCAACGGAUGCAUCCACCCCGGCUCGCCCAGUCACGAGCAAAACGGCUCCCCCGAGGCUCAAGCAGACCAAAGAGACACGGCCGUGGCGGCGCAGGACAAGCCGGCCAAGAGGUUCAAGAUGGAGCCGGAGCUUUCGGUCCCGAGCCAAUUGGAACCUACCAGAACGCAGGAGAACUGA